AUGCAUUGGGCCAUCAUCGAUCUUCCGGGACUCAUACGAGGCGACAAGAAGAACAAGAAAGAGAAUGUCUUGAAGGGUGCGAAUGGUGAGGGGCCGGAAGAUACGUCAAUGCGGAUGAAUGCAGCUGUCGCAUCGGACCUGGCACGCAGGUACCUAGCGAACGACCGGAACAUCGUCUUGGUUGUCAUUGAUGAUGUGGAUGUGGAGCGUCUCCGGAUCUUCGAACUGAUGGAGGAGAUUCCAGGCCUGGAAGAGCGGUGUAUUGGCGUGCUGAACAAGUGUGAUCGCAAACAAGAAGGGUCGGAUGAAUGGAUGGUCAAACUUCUUCGGAACGAUCUCUCUACUGUUCCUCAUCUCGAUCAUGGCUGGUUCGGAUUGCGAAGCCGAGUCCCUAACGAAGCUCAUAUCACCGACGCAGAGCGGGACGAACGAGAGAGUGCCGAAUUCAUGAAGAAGGACUGGCAAGAAGUCGCGAAAGACCGCACAGGAAUACAAGCGCUGAUGAAAUAUGUCGACAAGGAACGAAGAUCGCAGAUCCAAUCUAGUAUCCCGCACAUUAUAGCGGAGAUUCGUCAGAAGCUUCGGGAGUGCAAGUCUGAUCUGAUCCGGAUGGGUGAAGCUCGAGAUAGCCCGAAAGCCCAGCGGUACUUUGUCUUCCAGUUUUGCAAUGAGAUGCAACGGAUGGCAGAGGCAACACUCAGAGGUCAGUAUCAGGUUGUGCCUUCCGAGGAUCCGAGGAUCAGGCUACGAUAUGAAGUACAACUUCGCCUAGAUCAAUUCUAUGAGGAGAUGGCGGAUCAAAAUCACAUGCAGCUCCCGUUCACAAACUAUGAGCACGACCUGAUAUCCCUCGGCUCUAUCAGCCGAGACCCAAGGGUGUGGGACGAAGCCGUCCAGAAUGGUCCCGCUCUAUACGCUGAAAUAUACAAGGAAGCCAAGAUCAGCGAAGGGCGCAGCCUUCCCGGUACUGUGCACCCAGACGUGGAGGAGAAAAUCUUCCGGAAGCAAUCUAGCCAUUGGGGAGGCAUUGCCAGCCGGUUUGUCGAUGAUGUGAAAGAUCUGGUUAAGAACUGCCAUGAUGUUCUGAUCCGCAUUGCUAUCCCCAACAGUAAAGUGCGAUUGGAGGUCAGUCGCAUAAUGGCCAAGACUCUAGAGGAGUGGCACAAACAUGCAGACACGGCCCUUUCCGAACUAUUGGAGGAUAAUCAGGCGAGACCGCUAGUAACUCGCAACCCGCAGUUGCUGGCAGACACGGCCUCUGCGGAUCAGAAUCGAGGCGAAAUUCUUCUUGGGAAAAUGUCAUCUAAACGAUCAUCUACAGAGGCUGAUCAGAAUGGCGACGUCAAGCAAAGCCACAAGGGUAACGGCGACCAUCCUCGCUUUAUCUCGACAAAUCUCAGCCAGGUGUUAUUUGUCCGUGCUAGGCUGGAGUCGUACUAUACGAUUGCAUUGUAUCGCUUUAUUGACAAUGUAGCGAUGCAGGUGGUGGAGCGACAUAUCCUGGGACCAAGAUGUCCCAUGCUCGCCGUGUCUGUGGAGACCUUUGCUAGGUUAGAUGAUGAAGAGCUCGGUGCUAUAGCCGGAGAAGAUCAAUCCGAAGCGAGAAUGCGAGCCAGGCUUGAGAGGCUGCAGUCUCGGUAUACCGAAGCGCUCGAGAAAUGGGAGAGGUUGAGGAUGCUUUAG